GCGUGCGGUACAAGCUUCUCCGCGGAAGUCCCAGCUGCCAGGGAAGAAGAUGGCAGCCACUGCGACGCCACCUGGGACUGCGGCCGCCCGAGCGAACAAGCGCGGCGGCGGCGGCCAGGGCGGAGGAGGAACCCAGGGUACGGAGGAGGAGCCGCCGCCGCCCCUCCAGGCCGUUCUAGUGGCGGAUAGCUUCAACCGCCGCUUCUUCCCCAUCUCCAAGGACCAGCCUCGGGUCCUCUUGCCCCUGGCCAAUGUGGCGCUAAUCGACUACACUCUGGAAUUCCUGACCGCCACCGGUGUGCAGGAAACCUUUGUCUUUUGCUGCUGGAAGGCUUCUCAGAUCAAGGAACACUUAUUGAAAUCCAAGUGGUGCCAUCCUACAUCCCCCAACGUUGUUCGAAUAAUUACAUCAGACCUUUACCGAUCACUAGGAGAUGUCCUCCGUGAUGUCGAUGCCAAGGCCUUGGUGCGCUCUGACUUCCUUCUGAUAUAUGGAGAUGUCGUCUCAAAUAUCAACAUUACCAAAGCCCUAGAGGAACACAGGUUAAGACGCAAGCUAGAAAAGAAUGUGUCCGUGAUGACGAUGAUCUUCAAAGAGUCAUCACCCAGCCACCCUACACGCUGCCACGAGGACAAUGUGGUGGUGGCUGUGGACAGUGCCACCAACCGAAUCCUGCAUUUCCAGAAGACCCAAGGCCUGCGGCGGUUUUCGUUUCCCUUGAACCUGUUCCAGGGCGGUGGAGACGGAGUGGAGAUUCGCUAUGACUUGCUGGACUGUCACAUCAGCAUCUGCUCUCCUCAGGUAGCUCAACUCUUCACAGACAACUUUGACUAUCAAACUCGAGAUGAUUUUGUGCGAGGCCUGUUAGUGAAUGAGGAGGUCCUCGGGAACCAGAUCCACUUGCAUGUGACAACUAGGGAGUAUGGUGCCCGGGUCUCCAACCUACACAUGUACUCAGCCGUUUGUGCUGACGUCAUCCGCCGAUGGGUCUACCCUCUCACUCCAGAAGUGAACUUCACUGACAGCACCACACAGAGCUACACUCAUUCCCGACACAACAUCUACCGAGGGCCUCAAGUCAGCUUGGGCCACGGCAGUGUCCUGGAGGAGAAUGUGCUUCUGGGAGCUGGCACUGUCAUCGGCAGCAACUGCUCCAUCACCAACAGUGUCAUUGGCCCUAACUGCCACAUUGGUGAUAAUGUGGUCCUGAACCAGGCCUACCUGUGGCAGGGAGUUCGAGUGGCUGCUGGAUCACAAAUACACCAGUCUCUGCUCUGUGACAAAGCUGAAGUCAAGGAACGAGUUACUCUGAAGCCACACUGUGUCCUUACUUCCCAGGUGGUUGUGGGCCCAGAUAUCACGCUGCCUGAGGGCUCGGUGAUCUCUUUGCACCCUCCGGAUGCAGAGGAAGAUGAAGAUGAUGGCCAGUUUAGUGAUGAUUCUGGGGCUAAUCAGGAAAAGGAGAAAGUGAAGUUGAAAGGUUACAAUCCAGCAGAAGUAGGCUUUGAAGGCCAAGGAUACCUCUGGAAAGCUGCAGAUGUGAACACGACGGAAGAGGAGGAACUAGGGCAGAGUCUGUGGGGACUCACCAUCAAUAUGGAAGAGGAAAGUGAGACUGAGAGUGAGCGAAGUAUGGACUCUGAGGAGCUGGACAGCCGGGCUGGGUCCCCUCAACUGGAUGACGUCAAAGUCUUCCAGAAUGAGGUCCUGGGAACACUGCAGCGAGGCAAAGAGGAAAAUAUUUCCUGUGACAAUCUAGUCCUGGAGAUCAACUCUCUCAAGUAUGCCUACAACAUUAGCCUGAAGGAAGUGAUGCAGGUCCUGAGUCAUGUAGUCCUGGAGUUCCCCCUGCAGCAAAUGGACUCCCUGUUUGACCCAAACCGCUACUGUGCCAUGCUGCUUCCUCUGCUCAAAGCCUGGAGCCCUGUUUUUAAGAACUACAUAAAGCGAGCAGCUGACCAUUUGGAAGCACUGGCAGCCAUCGAGGACUUCUUCUUGGAGCAUGAAGCUCUUGUCACUUCCAUGGCCAAGGUUCUGAUGGCUUUUUAUCAGCUGGAGAUCUUGGCUGAGGAAACAAUCUUGAGCUGGUUCAGUCAAAGAGACAUAACUGACAAAGGCCAGCAGUUGCGCAAGAAUGGACAGCUGCAGAGGUUCAUCCAGUGGCUGAAAGAGGCAGAAGAGGAGUCAUCUGAAGAUGACUGAUGGGGACUGCCGUCCUGGGCUGUGGUAUUUAUUGGCUGCCCUCCUAACAGAUAGGGCAGAACAAGAAAACUAGCUACAGAAGUGUGAAUGGACACUCCAGACAGACUUGAUGGAGCACAAGUUGCAACUACAGUAUUCCUACUGCUGGCAACCAUGUGCGUCCCAUCCUGACUGAAGUUGGGAACAGGAGGUUAGACUGAAACAAAACUCUAGGGGAAAAUCUAGACAGACCCUGCAGUUGGAGGUAGACCAGAGCAAGCGCAUUGUUCUCCAUCUUUCCCUCAGGGAACAGUAAAGAGCAGCUGGCCCUC